GGCGGCUCCUGUCGCCGAUUGUCAGUAUUUAAACAGACCACAUCAUGCGUGAGUACAAGCUAGUGGUCCUUGGUUCAGGAGGCGUGGGGAAGUCCGCUCUGACAGUUCAAUUUGUUCAGGGAAUUUUCGUUGAAAAAUAUGACCCAACGAUAGAAGAUUCCUACAGAAAGCAAGUUGAAGUAGACUGCCAACAGUGUAUGCUCGAAAUCCUGGAUACAGCAGGAACAGAGCAAUUUACAGCAAUGAGGGAUUUGUAUAUGAAGAAUGGCCAAGGGUUUGCACUAGUAUAUUCAAUUACCGCUCAGUCCACGUUUAAUGACUUACAAGACCUGAGGGAACAGAUUUUGCGAGUUAAGGACACAGAAGAUGUUCCAAUGAUUUUGGUUGGCAAUAAAUGUGACCUGGAAGACGAGCGAGUAGUUGGCAAAGAACAGGGUCAGAAUUUAGCAAGACAGUGGUGUAACUGUGCCUUUUUAGAAUCUUCUGCAAAGUCAAAGAUCAACGUUAAUGAGAUAUUUUAUGACCUGGUCAGACAGAUAAAUAGAAAAACACCAGUGGAAAAGAAGAAGCCUAAAAAGAAAUCGUGUCUGCUGCUUUAGACCCACAGUAAGCAGCAGCUCUGAGCCAGAUUACAGGAAUGAAGAACUGUUGCCUAAUUGGAAAGUGCCAGCAUUCCAGACUUCAAAAAAUAAAUCUGAAGAGGCUUCUCCUGUUUUAUAUAUUAUGUGAAGAAUUUAGAUCUUAUAUUGGUUUGCACAAGUUCCCUGGAGAAAAGAAUUGCUCUGUGUAUAUCUCUUGGAAAAUAAGACAAUAGUAUUUCUCCUUUGCAAUAGCAGUUAUAACAGAUGUGAAAAUAAAUAUACUUGACUCUAAUAUGAUUAUACAAAAGAGCAUGGAUGCAUUUCAAAUGUUAGAUAUUGCUACUAUAAUCAAAUGAUUUCAUAUUGACCUUUUUAUCAUGUUUCCUCCCUGUCAAGCACUAAAAGAUGAACCAUUAUACUUUAUCUGUAAUGGUAUAGAUUAUGAAAAAAUUUCCCCUCAAACUCAUUGCAGCAGAUAACUUUUUUGAGUCAUUGACUUCAUUUUAUAUUUAAAAAAUUAUGAAAUAUCAUUCUGUCAUUAUAUUCUAAUUAAAAUUGUUUGUGCAUAAUGCUUUGGAAAAAUGGGUCUUUUAUAGGGAAAAAACUGGGAUACUGAUUUCUAUGGCUUUCAAAGCUAAAAUAUAUAAUAUACUAAACCAACUCUAAUAUUGCUUCUUGUGUUUUACUGUCAGAUUAAAUUACAGCUUUUAUGGAUGAUUAAAUUUUAGUACAUUUUCAUUUGGUUUGUGUGUUUUUGUUAUUGUUUAUAGAUUUAAGGCCUUUAUUUUAUAAUGAUCACAUUGUUUUAAACGCAGCAGUAGCUCCUUUCUGACUGGUACCUGCAGAGCACUUGGCUUUAAACCCCUAAGUAAAUGGUGAUUUCUCUAUGAGCAGACCUCACACUUUCUGUUCUGUAUAUAUUUAUUCCUAUUAUACAGUAAAAUACAUCAUACUACAUACAAUAGUUUUGUAUAUUCUCUCUUGAUCUUAAAGAUUGUAUCUUAUUGAAUAAAAUAUCCCACUGUGUAUUAUUUUUAUAUGUAAAAAGAUAAGUUUAACACUGUAUCAGGGUUUAACUUUUACUAUUUCCAGUCUUCCCCAGCUUGUAAUUUCAUCAAGGAAAUCCUUUUGCCAUUGUUAAUUUGUUGAGUAUAAGUCCACCGUGAAAUGUUAUGUAAAAUUUUUCAGAUUUGCUUUAUAGUAUUAUAGAUUGAAGUGUCUAAGAGAAGUGGGUGAAAGUGAAAAAGCAUAUAAAGGGUGUGUCAGUUGCUUUUUCUUCAACUGUAUAAGAAGUAGUAUAGUGGUGGUCAUAUGGAAAAGGUUGCUAAGUUAAAAAUUUUAGCUGGCUAUAUAGUGGUGCUUUUCUUUUCCUUCCCAGUUUUUUUCCAUUUUUUUACAGAAGUUGGGGCUUAAGUAGAUCAUGGACCUAGAGUGAUAUGACUUAUGUAUGCCAUGAAGUAGAGCCAAACAGCUCAUUAGCCACUUAAGUACUGGAGAAGGAAAGAAGCUUGGGAAACCCUGUGCCUUGUUACUGAAUAUCAAGGAGACCAGUCCUAGAAAGUCUAAAUCAUUGCUCAGGGAUCUAGACGCUGUCUCAUUGCAACUGGGCGUGAAGUAGUGUUCACGCCUUGCAGAGACUUUCCAGGAGUGUGGUCAGCCCCAUCAGUUACUAAAUUGACAUUUAAAGAUCAGAUUUCAAAUGUAAGUUCUGACCAACCUGAGAAAAUGUUAAAAUAUUGUAAAAAAUUUUUUUGGAAAUUGUAUUCUUUUAAGUUUCUAAUAAACUUAGUUACCUA